UCUCUCUCUCUCUCUCUCUCUCUCUCUCUCUCUCUAUAUAUAUAUAUAUAUAUAUAUAUAUUUAUAAGACUCAGUUCGUGGUUAUUUUGCACUCAAACUCGUUCUGAUAUUUUCUUCUUUUUCAAUCUGAAAAAUGGGAAACUGCUUGACAAGAAAUAACAGAGUUAUAGCUGAAGACGACGACGCUCAUGAUCAUGGUCAUAACAAGGCGCGACAUGACAAACAAGAAACGAUCACAGAGCAGCAGGCGUUAACUGAAGCAGGCGGUGAUGAGAAGAAGAUGGUGGCAUUUAAAUUAAGGCAAGAGGAAAAUGCUAAUGGAGCUAGUAUAUUUGAUAAUGGAGUUGUCCGGGUCAGGAUUGUGAUGACUCGAGAAGAGCUGAAACAAAUACUGAGUUGCAGUAGGAAGGAGGAGGAACAGGAGGAAUCUUGUACUGUAGAGCGGCUGCUAAGUGAACUGAAGCGCUUGAGAGAGCACGAGAAGAUUUCUGACGGUGAGCGGACGAUUAAUGAAGGUUUCAUUAAUGGCGGCUGGAGGCCGACACUAGAGAGCAUACCAGAGGAAUGUCAACUUGGUGUGUGUGAAAUUCGUUAAAUGCUAACAAAUUAGUUUUAAUCUUUUCUCAUUAUAGGCUGAAUAACAUUGAUUAAUGUAGUGGCUCUGUAAUUGGAAAAUCUAUACGUGUAUAUAGAUAUUUACUUUACUGAAUUCAAUAAAUUGCAAAAAGCUUUUUGUUCAA